AUACCAAAUUCGGGUUUUCAUUGGUUAAAAGGAAGCCACAUUCCUGACCAAUGAGACAUCUUUUUUUUCGCGCCCAAUAAGGGUUAUAAAAAGUGCAGUCGCAGCACUUUCACUUUGGCAGCUACCUGUCGUUAAGUUGGAGUCGUAAUGUCUGGACGUGGUAAACAGGGCGGCAAGGCUCGCGCCAAGGCCAAAACCCGCUCCUCGCGGGCCGGGCUUCAGUUUCCCGUGGGCCGAGUGCACCGCCUGUUGCGCAAGGGCAACUACGCUGAGCGGGUCGGGGCCGGCGCGCCUGUGUAUCUGGCGGCGGUGCUGGAGUAUCUGACGGCCGAGAUCCUGGAACUGGCGGGUAACGCGGCCCGCGACAACAAGAAGACGCGUAUCAUCCCGCGCCACUUGCAGCUGGCCAUCCGCAACGACGAGGAGCUCAACAAGCUGCUGGGUAAAGUCACCAUCGCUCAGGGUGGCGUCCUGCCGAACAUCCAGGCCGUACUGCUGCCUAAGAAGACUGAGAGUCACCACAAAACCAAUUCUUCCCCAUCUACUUCCAAACGAAUGUGAACAAAAGAGGAGGCCAGCAGAUUUUGCCACCCAAAAAUACACCACUUUGGCAUACAGAUUAUUGUGAGCUGAAGACAAAUGAGAAGAAGCAGAUACAAGAAAAGUUCUCUGCCUUCUGCCUAUUUGCCAAAAAGCAGGACAUACAUUUACUAAAGGGGCCACCUCCCUC